AUGAUAGUCGAAAUUGGAAACAUGCUUCUACAGCAGAUCCUAUAUUUCUUCUCGCUUAAAAUGCUGGACUCGAGACUGGAUCCAAGCACGGAUGCCAAGCGGGCCCAGAAAGUGAGCAUGGGAGCGUCCAAGAGUCGCUGGCGCACCUUCGAGUUCAAGGUGUAUUACGUGAUGUUUAUCUUGGUGGUGCCGCUAAUGAUACGCACAGCGAUAUCUGCGACCAGCGAACGCAACCCCAACUACGCGAGAUUUGAGCCGCUGCUCAGCAAGGGCUGGAUUUUAGGGCGCAAAGUCGACAAUACCGAUAGCCAGUACCGCUUCUUCAGAGACAACAUGCCGCUUUUAGCGGGCCUCAUAGUGCUGCAUACGGGUCUGAAAAAGGCAGUUUUGCGCACUACCAAUGUCCGCAGGGUCCGUUUCGAUCUAGUGUUUGGAUUGCUGUUCUUGUUUGCAGCACACGGAGUCAGCGCUCUGCGUGUGCUCCUGCACCUGGUGAUAAACUACGCGAUUGCCAAGACCUUGAGAAAGAACUACAGGCUUGCUACGUUCCUGACAUGGGUUUACGGCAUUAGUACACUAUUCUUCAACAACAGCUACAGGAAGUAUCCCUUUGGAAAUGUUUUAUCGGUCUUAACUCCCCUCGAUGGCGCUUUCAAGGGCAUAAUAGAGCGUUGGGAUGUCUUCUUCAACUUUACUCUGCUGAGAAUGAUAAGCUUCAACAUGGACUUCCUUGAAAAGUGGGAGCAGGUGGUGACUGGCAAGAAAAACAAUUCACCAUCCCCCUCGCCUUCCCACGUCAGCAACUUGAAGCCAGAGCUCAAGAGAGCGGCCUCUUCUGCAACCACUUUGGAGACCAUUUGCGAAAACGGCACCACUAACGUUUUACUGGACGAGCGGGCUCGCAUGAACGCACCUCACCACAUCCAAGACUACUUAUUUGCAAACUAUCUUGCUUACGUUACUUACACUCCGCUAUUCAUCGCGGGACCAAUUGUGACCUUCAACGACUACUUAUAUCAAUGCCAGCAGACUCUUCCCUCCAUUAAUACCAAAAGAAUAUUGUACUACGCAGGAAGAUUUGUGCUUUGUGUCCUAACCAUGGAAUUUGUCUUACAUUACAUCUAUGCCGUUGCGGUCUCGAAGACCAAAGCUUGGGACGGAGACACACCAUUCCAAAUCUCCAUGAUUGGGCUUUUCAACCUGAAUAUAGUCUGGCUGAAGUUGCUCAUCCCAUGGAGACUUUUCAGGCUAUGGGCCAUGAUUGAUGGCGUUGACGCUCCAGAAAAUAUGAUUCGGUGUGUCGAUAAUAACUUCAGUGCAUUGGCUUUCUGGAGAGCAUGGCAUAGAUCUUUCAACAAAUGGGUAGUCCGCUACGUCUACAUACCACUGGGCGGUUCCAAAAAUCGUAUCUUAACGUCCCUUGCCGUUUUCUCGUUUGUUGCAAUCUGGCACGACAUUGAGCUAAAACUUCUUUUGUGGGGGUGGUUGAUAGUGCUAUUCCUGCUACCAGAAAUAUUCGCUCAGCGGUACUUUGCACCAUAUCGGAAAAGGCCUUGGUAUAGAUUUGUUAGAGCAAUGGGCGCCAUUUUGAAUAUUUGGAUGAUGAUGAUUGCAAAUUUGUAUGGUUUCUGUUUGGGAUACGACGGUACUGUUCAUCUAAUAAAAGGCUUGUUUUUCACCUGGGCUGGGUUACGGUUCCUCAUGGGGGCUAACGUGGCCUUGUUCAUUGCAGUUCAGGUGAUGUUUGAACAAAGAGAGCACGAGAAGAGAAACGGCGUUGACGUCAAAUGCUGA